UCGGCGCCGGAAGUGGUGGGCGGUGGGCUGCGGCUGCCCGAGGGCCGCAGCACCCAUGGCGGAGGGCGGCGGCCCCGACGGGCAGGCCGGUCUGGGGUCCGCAGGUCGUAAUCUGAAGGAGUGGCUGCGGGAGCAGUUUUGUGACCAUCCGCUGGAGCACUGUGAGGACACGAGGCUCCACGAUGCAGCCUACGUGGGGGACCUGCAGACUCUCAGGAGCCUGUUGCAAGAGGAGAGCUACCGGAGCCGCAUCAAUGAGAAGUCUGUCUGGUGCUGUGGCUGGCUCCCCUGCACGCCGCUGCGAAUCGCAGCCACUGCAGGCCACGGGAACUGUGUGGACUUCCUUAUUCAGAAGGGGGCCGAGGUGGAUCUGGUGGAUGUGAAGGGACAGACUGCCCUGUAUGUGGCUGUGGUGAACGGGCACCUGGAGAGCGCCCAGAUCCUUCUCGAAGCCGGCGCUGACCCCAACGGAAGCCGACACCAUCGCAGCACCCCGGUCUACCAUGCCUCUCGCGUGGGCAGGGCGGACAUCCUGCAGGCCCUCAUCAGGUACGGUGCUGACGUUGAUGUCAACCACCACCUGACUCCUGAUGCCCAGCCCCCUUUCUCCCGGCGUCUCACCUCCCUCGUCGUCUGUCCCUUGUAUAUCAGCGCGGCCUACCACAACCUCCAGUGCUUCCGGCUGCUCCUCCAGGCUGGAGCAAACCCCGACUUCAACUGCAAUGGUCCCGUCAACACUCAGGGGUUCUACAGGGGCUCCCCUGGGUGUGUCAUGGAUGCCGUCCUGCGCCAUGGCUGUGAGGCAGCCUUCGUGAGCCUGCUGGUAGACUUUGGAGCCAACCUGAACCUGGUGAAGUGGGAAUCACUGGGCCCAGAGUCAAGAGGCAGAAGGAAGGUGGACCCUGAGGCCUUGCAGGUCUUUAAAGAGGCCAGAAGGAUUCCCAGGACCUUGCUGGGUCUGUGCCGUGUGGCUGUGAGAAGAGCUCUUGGCAAACACCGCCUUCGUCUGAUUCCCUCGCUGCCUCUGCCAGACCCUGUAAAGAAGUUUCUGCUUUAUGAGUAGAGUUCAAGUGCAGUGUUGAUUGCAGUGAGGGAGAAGGUGAUCUGCAGUGAAAACAGAUGCCGAUUCUUGCACCCUGUGAACCAUAUCCUGUGUGGCCGACUGCGUCCCGACCGGCUGUCGGUAAAGAUGAAAUGGGCUUGUUCUCAUGGACUGUGAUUUCAUCUCAGGUGCCGGGGCCUUGAACACCCCUUGGGUCACUAUCAGUCAAGAGGCUCUUACGAAACUUAAUUUUGUUCUUCCUAAAUAACUCUGUUCUGAAUUUUCACAGUCGCAUCGUGAUGAAGUGGACUGUGAAGUGUGUGCAGGUGUAGGCUGAGCUAGGAGGCCUGCUAAUAUUCCCCGUAGGGAAGACUCCUAGCACUUUCCAAAACUGUACUUCUAUUUAUUUUUCUACUUCUCAAUUUAAUUGUUCAAUUAAAGCCUUCUAAAAUGUAAAUCAACAGGGAGUUUUGGUAAGCAAAGUAGAGAAUAGAAAUGCAGUUCAUGAAUUUGCUAGUUUGUUUUCCCUGCUCCUGGGGUUCAGUAGCACAUACACUGGUCACACACACCUUUUCUUGCCACUUCAGUAUUCGCUGUCUCCGCUGGAGCUGUCAUAUGAACUGUCUUCAUUCAGGGAUGGUGUCCUGGCGGCACAGAUUGUUGUCUCAAAGCCAAUCCGUGCAUGUGCUCAGAAUCCAUAGGUGCAGAGUUCCACGGUGCAGAGUUCCACGGCGCAGUACCUGUUCUGAUACCUGCUGUGCCUCACGUCACGCCAAGAGGUGCCAUAGUCUUCUGCCAUUUCACUUUAGGGAGCUUCCAGACAGGGAUUGAGUUUAGGAGGCCCACACUGAACUAGCCAGUAAACGACUGCCUUCCCUGGGCCCAGGGACCGUUCCAGCAGCGAUCACUGCCAGUCAGUAGGAGGAGGAAAUGCUGGGGCGCUGUCUUCUUGUCCCUACACACACCAGAGAGUGGGAGGUUCACUUGGUCCUCUGGAUGGUUCCAGGCUUUCAGCUGCUUGGUGUCCAGUGGACAGAACAUUUGGUGGGGGUUGAUUGCUCGUCACUGGUCUUGGUAGCUGCUCUUAGACUCUAGGAGGGGAGAGCAGCGAGGUCAGAAGUCUUUCCCCAGCCUGCCUGGGGGGCGGUAGGGGAGAGAGAUGACCUGGGUCAUCGUCACAGUUGUCUUUGGUUGUGCGGGUGGGCUUAUUCUCACACCCUGGGCUGUGCAGCCAGGAGUGAAGGUCAUUGGCAGGUGGGCCAGUGGCUGAGGUGGCUUUUAUUUCCAGUGAAAUCACAUUUUGUCAUAUGAAGCCUAUGAGGGCCAUUGUGUGGACCUGUGGUGAUUCUAGACCUCGGAAAUAGUGAAGAACGAGCAGAUUUCAAAUCUGUGUUAUGAUUUUCUGUAAUAAGAAAAAUCCUAUUUGUAAAAAUUGAACUAAUGAUAUUGUUUUAUGUAAUUAUUAGCAUCAUUAUGUGUUUCAGCUGACCAGACAAGCAGUGUCUGACCACUACAGUCUACAGCUUGAGAAUGGCAUUCCAGACCCCCACCUCGUGUGUCGUAGACGGGCUCUGUGCUGGAACCCCACACGGACCUGGGUGUGCGUGUGUGCAGUUCUGAGGGGGAGAAGAGUCAUUCAGACGGGAAAACGCAAUCACUGCAGGCAUCUGUGCAGCUGAAGUGCUACUGCUCCACGCAUGAUAGUUGUGUAGAUGUGGGCUGGGUUUCCGAGGCCUGGGGUCGGGCCAUGUGCUGUUCCUAAGGGGAGCUUGGCACUGGGUCCUCCUGAAGUCAGAAGGGUCCUCCUAAGGGAGGGGAGGAGCUGCAGGAGGGGGUGGCUGGUGACGGGCAUGACAGCCCGAGCCAAGUGCUGCAGGGGCUUUAGACCAGGAGAGAGGGGUUAGGGGUGUUCUUCGUGGCACUCAAAACUGGGCUGUGGCUGGGGCAGGACCACAGGUGGACUGGGCCACUCUGGAGGGACCUCUUGUCACUAGAGCUCUGUAAGCAGUGGCUUGUCACCUUGGUAGGGCCGAGAGAUGGCUCUCAGGAGUGGGUGGUUAGUUUGCUGUACUUUUAGCUUUUACUGGAGUACUGGUUAGCUCUUCCCAACUCUUGUCUCCUCUUCUUGCUGCCCUUUUGGCUCAGGGUAGAAGAGGGCAGGUUUUCUCCAGGUGAGCUGUGUCGUAGGUGCACAGCCUGCUCCGAGUCUGCCCUGCUGAGUGCUGCUGCAAAGGUCUGUUAGGGACAAGGCCUUCCCAGCCCUACUCGUGGUAGGAGAGUGGCUCUGUUGUUGGACCUUUUGGAAAGCAGCCCCUGGGAAUGCUGCCUGUGCGGGAGUCCCACGCGCGAGCUUGCUGGUGUGACCCUCACGCUGUGCGCAGGCAGGGCCCGGGCAUGGCAGAGUGGGUGUCAUGUUUCUUUGCUCAGUUCAGGGCUUGUGUCUUAGAGAGGGAACCAUUUCCCAUGCUCUCUCUGGAGGAGUGGACUGAGUUGAUCCUUAUAGUUGAGCCUUGCUCAGACCUGGCCAGGGACAUAAUGUGUCUGGGGAGAGAAUGAGCCCGAGGAUGGUCCCUCUCCUGGUCCCUCCCUGGUAUGUGGUGUACCCCAGCUGGUCUGCAGGUGUCUGGGGUCUCGGCUCUUCAUUUGCAGAGGACCGCUCAGCCUCCUUUUUAUUUUAUGUAUUUAUUUAUUUGUUUUUGAGACAGGAUCUUGCUCUGUUGCCCAGGCUAGAAUGCA